AUGCAUCGCAGACUGCGAGUAGUGGCAUUCCCCGCAGCCGGGGCGUCGUGCCCGCAGGCUUUGUGUCUGCCCAGGCGAUUCUUCAACAUGAACCGCAGCGUCCAAACACGUCUGGAGGCGGAAAAUCAGGCGGCUUCACAGCAGCGUACGGACUACGACUUUGACAAGGAGCAGUGGUCCAAGCAGAUGCGCUUUGCAUCCAUGGAUUGUAUAAUGGAUCCAGACAUCACCCCAAUUCGUUAUACUUCAAUAGGUGGACUCAAGAAGGCGUUUAGACGAUUUAUGACAAUGCGUAAAUUAGUUGAACGACGCCCUGAUUUUGAUGUAGAGGAGCUCAAGAAAUUAUUUAUUCGGUUUAAAACGAUAUCACAUUCCCGAAAUCCAGAUGAUAUAAAAACACUACAGCGUGUUACUACUCAUGGAGAGGCAAGUCGGAUUUCCAAAGAGAUAAAAUUUAAAAUGAAUGAGGAAUUUGCCAAAAAAAGUUGGAAAUCUCUAAAGAUGAAGGAGGUUUCUAACACCUAUCAGAUUGAACUGGACUCUUUUCAACUUGUGAAUUGCUACCUGGGACAAAUGUCACAGGAAGACUGGCUUCAGAUCACAUACAGGUGUGAAUACCGUGAUCGAUCUAAUGAAGGAGAAGAUUGGCAGAAAAUGUGCGAAUACCCCGUUUUUGAGGUUCGACUUAGUGAUGGAGUGCGAUCCCCUAAUACACAUCCAUUUAUAGUUGUAGGUGUAAUGAGAAAAGAUGGCACACGGUAUGGGAAAGAUUCACAGGAUGCUGCUGCCUUACGCAAACAGUUUGAUCGAACCAGCAAGUGGUUUUAA